AUGAGUAAGUCCAGCACGCUCAAAGUCCGGAAACUAUUCAGCCUCAAAUCACCGGAGAAGGAGAAGAAGGAGCUGAAGAGCCCGGGAGACAACCCGACUCUACCCGGGGACUCUUCACUCAAUUCCCCGAAAGAAAAGAAGAAACGGCGGCUGCUGCCGUUCAAACUGAAACGGAAGAAAUCCAAAGACAAAGACCGAGGAGGAGGAGGAGGAGAGGUGUUCUUCCCUGACACCGAUGAGCUGGAGAGCUUCAGCAGCUACAAGAGCCUCGACCCCGACCAGAUGAGCGUUUCCACAGAGUUCAGCUACCAGACCGAGUCUGACUGGACGUCCGUGAUCAGCCUCGACAUGAACGCAGCGCCGGGAAGCCCGAUGUCACCCUCCAAACACUCCAAGAGUUCGGAGGAGAAGAAAUCAGUGUUCGGCCGUCUCACCAACUUCUUCAGCUCCAAGAGGAAGAAGAGCAGCAGCCGGAAUCAUUCGAGCACCUCCACCGACAGCUCCCCGGCAUCCCCCUUGUCUCCACGUUCGGCCCAAUCUGAGCCAGAAAAUGGGUUAAAUGCUGAGCACAGCGACACUGUGAGCCAGAGCUCCAGCCGGAGCGCCUCCAGCAGGGCCUCGCAGGUCACAGUAGAGGCGGACUUGCCGUUUGCAGACAGUAACAGCACCGGGAGAAGCAGCGUGAAGGAGCUGGAUGCAAUCAUGACUUCCAGAGACCCUGCAUCUGCCACCGAGCCAGAUCCAGAUCUCGGUUUGAAGUCAGAAGUGGGCUUCGCUGAAUCCGUGGUGGAGGAAGUGAGCAAACGGCUGCAGGUGAAUUUGGAACAAAAAGUACUGAAGAGACCAGAGAGCAGCAGUGAGGAUGAUAUCAUCAGCCCGACCACACUGACGUCACUUCAGAUCCCACUUUCCAAGGCUGUGGAGUCCCCAAAGUCUCCUAACCUAACCUCCAUAAGCUUAGCAUCAAAGAAAGCAUCGGUGAAGGUUGGAGAGAAGGGCCACAGCACGGCGCUGAGAGGAAUAACUUUGUUCAAACAGGAGGGAAAGCCUCCGGACCGGAAGAGGGAAAACUCAGGAGGACCCAGGACGAGCACUCGAAUAUCCACCAGCAGCCUGUCGGGAGAAAGUGCAACCACGAGAGAGGAAAAACCCCGAGGCAAGUCUCCUGUCUUGUUCCACAAAGCCAUAUGGGUGGAGACACACCUGGGAGAGGAGGAGGUGGAGUGGGAGAAAGAAAGGGAUGUAAUGAAAAAGGAGGAGGGCUUUAGAGCAGACUCGCCUCCUCUUUUGGCCGUACCUGCCACAGUAAUUCCAGAGGGCGACUCAGAGAAUGAGGGCGCACCAGAGAGCCCUCCCACCCCCUCAGAGACUCCUCCGCUCAGUGGCAGCCUGCCACAUUCACUCUCCUCCCUGUCACAGACUGUGGGGGAGGUUCAGACCCCCACGGAGCAGCCGGAGGGGCCGGACACAGACUCAACAAGGAGUUCUCCUCCGGUUCAGGAGCGACACCGGACAAGAUCAAGCCGGGUCACACGCAGGACUGUGAGUCUGCCUUCGAAGAGCAAAGCUGUUGCCGAGGUGCACAAAGGCUCAACUUCAAAGAGCUCAAACACAACAGAGGCGAAACCACGGCUGAUCCUCCAAAACAACAACGAUGCUGAUUUUAAGGACACAACCCUCGAUCGGCCCACACGAGAAGGAGAGUCUUCACCCUCUGAGGCAAUUACUCCGGAAGCCAUAGUUAAAGGUAAAACAGACUUGGAGGCCUCAGACUUCGAUGACACUUCUGCAGCGUCAGACAUGUACAAAAAGAAGCCAGCAGCUGCAGAAUCGGCGGCGAGAGGCCAAGCAGCCGACCAGGCUGCAGCCCAGAAACGAGGAGUUAUAGGAGCAGCAGAAAGCCGACAUACCACGGCGAGUGGAACAAAGACCCCGACCUCUGCAGCUGGAAACAAGGCCAAGAAUGUCCCAACAAAGGCAAAGGGCUCCACAGAGGGCACAAAAGUGGAAACUUUGUUGCCAGCAUUAAAAGACCAAACCCGCGCUCCCUCCGGUGCUGCGGGUUCAAAGUCUAAAAUCCCCAAAAGAUCAACAUCAGACGCAGACGUGAAAUCAGUGACACCAGAUAAGACAUCGGCGCCGGACACCUCAGGGCCCAAACUACAAAAACAACCUAGGACCAAAGAGACUCUGAAAUCUCCAACAACUGCAGCCAGACCUGGAAGGAAACCAAGCUUUGAGGAAACCAAAGGAGGAAAAUCGGUGUCGGGGAACAUUUCUCCCACGAAAACUAGGACCGGAACAAAACUCAGUAAGGACAAAUCAGAUGAGGACUUUGAGUCUGUGAACUUGCUAAAUGACGUGGAAAAUGAGGAGAGAAGCGGUAAAAGUGGACACCCACCACAUGGGGAAAGUCCGGACGUCAAAAAAACACAGCAGCAGAACGAUGUGGAGAGCCGGCUGCCCGUUUCAUCUCCGACGAGAAAGAAGGUUGAUAUAACCCAUAGAAGGGUUUCAUCGGGUCAGAUGGACUCGGACAGACCUAAAACAGUCCAGAAGACAAGUCGAGAGCAGAAAGAUGCAACAGCUGACGAGAGUCCUGGGAGUGAGACGCCGCCACCGCUACCCGAAAGUCCAAAGAAAGGAAAUGUCCCACCAGUGAAACCACCCAAAACCUUUUCUAAAAGAAUCCAUGGUGAGAGCGAUACUCCGACCUCCAGCAUCUCUCCACCUCCCACCAAACAAGAGAAAACCGUCUCAUCAAGGAUCUUUAAAUGGAACGAAAACAUCAAACAGCACCAAAAAAUGCCUGCAAAAGAUUCCCCUGAGACUUCGUCGUCUGUGAGCAAACUUCCCACAAGAGGCCAGAGAAGCUCCAAUAAACUAAAACCCAGACAACGUUCCCAAAGUGGGAAUUCUGAGGACUCAAAUCACAACACAUCGACAGAGACGGAUGUAAAAGCACCUGAAAGCGUCACGGCGAAUGAGCGUGACAGUAAAGACGUAUUUAAAUUCAAGUCGGAGGGAGAGGAAUGUAUUAUAAAACACACCGAUGAAACCAAAGUGAAAGAAAAAGAGAUCGGAACCAGUACAGCAACUGAAGACAUUUCAAACAUCCAGUGGUUGCAAAACAGCGACGCAGUUAUUACAGAAAGUGCUCCGGACACAGGAGCCGAGGUGCAGUCGAGCUGCGAGAUCGACAAAGCAAUUCAGUCUCAAGUUACUGAUGGAACUCGAGCGGAAAACGUGUCUGUUAUUCAAAAUAAAAACACAACACGAGAACCGAAAUCCCCGUCACUGAAAACACUGAAGCUAACAGGAAACAUAAAUAAAAACACGGCACCACGAACUCACGACACAAAACAAGCUCCUGAGGAUGAAGCUGACAUGCUAAGCAAACCCGCUGAGGGUGACAGCGUUCAAAGGGAGAUACGUGGACGUAUUCCUGGUAAUAAAAUAAAAGCAUUCACUUCCAAGCAAAAGAUAAACAGCAGCAGUUUUCCUGCUAAACUGAUGUCAAAGGAUGACUCAGAUCAGUCUAAACCAGCCAAUACAGAGCAGCAAAAGGAUUUAUCAAGGGAGGAUCAAUUAACAAACGAUAGGGACACGUCCCUGACAUUAAACAGGGCCUUAGCAAAAGAUGUUGAAGUAGAGGAGAAAAGCAAAGAGGAGGGUGGCAGGAAACCAGCAGAGAGGUUGGGCAUUCAAACAGAGGCUGUGACUGUUGGUGAAUUGUCCAAGAAUGUUGAAAAUCAGUUGCACAAAGAGGUUCUUUUACUCGCAGGAGGAUCUGAAGGGAAAGGCUCAAAACCAAAUGAAACGCUCAGUGACACAGCAGUGGAAAGCACUGAGUCACAGAAUAGUUGCAAAGAGGCGCUCAAGGGCAUAACCGCAGAGAGAGCCAUAAGAAAUUCAGAGAAAUCAGCACAUCUGUCAUCAGAGGACAGAGGUUUAUCAGCUGAAUCCAAGGAAGAAACACAGACAGGGAUUACAAACGCUCUGAAAGAACAAACGAGGGAGGAGCGAGCAAUACUCCAUGAAACUACAAAACAGCAGCCUGAGAUGUCUUUGAAAGAAAACACCGAGAGCAGCGGUGAGAAAACAAAAGCAUCAGAAGUGAAAAAUGAAUCCAAACUGCUUCUGACAAAAAAUGAGGAAGUCGGAGGUGAAUACACAAGUCUGGACGACAAACAUGACAGAGAUGUAAAAGAAAAACGAACUCCAGAAGUAAACGACAUGAACACGUUCGAUGCUGAAGCUGAUAAAGAAAAGAAGACUUUAUUGAACGUGGCUCAAGAAAACAAGAAGGCGGCCGCUGCUAAAGACCAAGGUGAGGACAUUACAACAAAGGCUAAUCUAAAUCAGGACCUUGCAGAGGUGAAAGGCUCAAAGAAGACAUCAGAAAAACAUAUUUUAAAAUCAGAUACAACUAAAGAAGUAAAAGCUGCCAGCACUGAAGCUACAGAGGAUUUGUCAAUGCAUAGCUUGGUGAGUGUGACUGAAGCUGUGAAUGCUGACAUUAAAUCUAACAUCCAGGAAGACCAAAAGUCCAUAAUUGUUGGAGACCUGGAUAAGGACACAACAAAACCAGUCAAAGAUCCAGAUGAUAAAUUAGACCAGAAACCAGAAAUGGUAAAAACUGGAGGUCAGGAGAAGAUGCUGAAGAGCCGGAAUAUGGAUGUUAUUCAAGACCAGACUUCUCUAAGUACUGAAGACACCAAAGAAAAAACCAAAACCAGUGACCUGUCAGUGGACAGUCUGGGGAAUGAUGCAGUGACUGCAGAUAAUGAAGUUGAACUUCGAGGUGAAAGUAUAACAAAACCAGCCCAAGAAAAAUCACUUCAAGAGAAGACAUUGGAGAGCCAAGAAAAGGUGAUAGUUCAAGAACUGAUCUCAGUAAACACUAGUACAGAAGGUACCAGAGAAAAGACAGAAGUCCGUGAUUCAUCAGUAGAAAGCCUGAAAAAGGAGAUGGGCGAUAUGAAUGCUAAUAUGAAUGCUAAUAGUGUUAGCAAACAACAGACUGACCAAGAUGGAAAUGUUACCAAACCAGAGAUUAACCAAUCAACAGGUUCAAAAACCAAAGAAAAGACAGAAAACAAGGAUGGUAACAAAUCUGGUCUAAAAUCUGGUCUGAAAAAGCGAGUGGGAAUAGUACAACCAGAGUCUGUCGUGCAGGCAGAAAUCCAGAUUCAAGACCUAAAGGCUGUCUGUGUGGAACCUAAAGACAAGAAUGAGACCGAGGAUUCAUCAGCAGAAAGCUUGGUGAACAAGCCAAGAACUUUGGGUACUAACAGUGAUGCUGGAAUCCAACAGGACCUGAAGUCUGUAAAGGUUGAAGUUGACAACAAAGAGGAACUGACCGAAUCUAAACUUUAUGAAUCUGAACAGAAACCAGAGACGGUCAGAGGACAAGUUGAGGUUAAAACAACAGAGAUCCAAAAUACAGACGCAACCCAAGAACUGACCUCAGGUGGCUCUGAAGGUGCCAAUGAAAAGACUGAAGUCAAAGUUGCAUCAACUGCAAAUGCUGAUAAUGAUGUUAGUAAACAGCAGGUCCAGGCUCCUGUAACCGUUAACAACCAAGAUGGGAGCAUAACGAAACAAGAGAGUGACAAAUCAGCAGAAUCCACAAGUCCAACAUCUGCUCUAAAAGCAGAAUCUCUGCAGGAGGCAGCAGAAAGGCAAAAUCAAGACCUAAAGGAUGCUGAUGAAGCUGAAGAGAAAGGUGACACCAAGGAUUCAUUUGCAGAAAGCUCAGUAAAUAAGACGGCGGCUUUGCAGACUCAUAGUGAUGCUGGAAUCCAACAGGACUUGAAACCUGUAAAGGCUGAAGUCCAAGACCAAAAAGAGCUGACCGAAUCUAAACUUCAUGAAUCUGAACAGAAACCAGAGACGGUCGGAGCAGAAGUUCAGGUUAAGACAACAGAGAUCCCAAAUACAGACGCAACCCAAGAACUGACCUCGGGUGGCUCUGAAGGUGCCAAUGAAAAAACUGAAGUCAAAGUUGCGACAACUGCAAAUGCUAAUAAUGAUGUUAGCAAACAGCAGGUCCAGGCUCCUGUAACUGUUAGCAACCAAGAUGGGAGCAUAACGAAACAAGAGAGUGACAAAUCAGCAGAAUCCACAAGUCCAACAUCUGCUCUAAAAGCAGAAUCUCUGCAGGAGGCAGCAGAAAGUCAAAAUCAAGACCUAAAGAAUGCUGAUGGAGCUGAAGAGAAAGGUGACACCAAGGAUUCAUCAGCAGAGAGCCUCGUGAGUGAGAAAGAAACUUUGCAGACUCAUAGUGAUGCUGGAAUCCAACAGGAUUUGAAGCCUGUAGAGGAAACGAGCUCAACCACAUCUGAAAUUCAAGAUCAUGAAGUUAAACAAAAACCAGAGACAGUCAGAGCUGAAAGUCAGCAGAAGACAGAGAUCCAAAAUACAGAUGCAACCCACGAACUGACCUCGGGUGGCUCUAGUGCUGAAGGUGCCAAUGAAAAGACUGAAGUCAAAGUUGCAUCAACUGCAAAUGCUGAUAAUGAUGUUAGCAACCAGCAGGUCCAGGCUCCUGUAACCGUUAACGACCAAGAUGGGAGCAUAACAAAACAAGAGGGUGACAAAUCAGCAGAAUCCACGAGUCAAGCAUCUGUUCUAAAAUCAGAAUCUCCACAGGAAGCAACAGAAAGCCAAAUUAGAGGCCUAAAGGAUGCUGAUGGAGCUAAAAAGAAUUCAUUUGCAGAAAGCUCAGUAAAUAAGACAGCGGCUUUGCAGACUCAUAGUGAUGCUGGAAUCCAACAGGACUUGAAACCUGUAAAGGCUGAAGUCCAAGACCAAAAAGAGCUGACUGAAUCUAAACUUUAUGAAUCUGAACAGAAACCAGAGACGGUCAGAGCACAAGUUCGGGUUAAGACAACAGAGAUCCCAAAUACAGAUGCAACCCAAGAACUGACCUCAGGUGGCUCUAGUACUGAAGGUGCCAAUGAAAAAACCGAAGUCAAAGUUGCGACAACUGCAAAUGCUGAUAAUGAUGUUAGCAACCAGCAGAUCCAGGCUCCUGUAACCGUUAACAAUCAAGAUGGGAGCAUAACAAAAAAAGAGGGUGACAAAUCAGCAGAAUCCACAAGUCCAACAUCUGCUCUAAAAGCAGAAUCUCUGCAGGAGGCAGCAGAAAGUCAAAAUCAGGACCUAAAGGAUGCUGAUGAAGCUGAAGAGAAAGGUGACACCAAGGAUUCAUCAGCAGAGAGCCUCGUGAGUGAGAAAGAAACUUUGCAGACUCAUAGUGAUGCUGGAAUCCAACCUGUAAAGGCUGAAGUCCAAGACCAGAAAGAACUGACAGAAUCUAAACUUCAUGAAUCUGAACAGAAACCAGAGACGGUCAGAGCACAAGUUCAGGUUAAGACAACAGAGAUCCAAAAUACAGACGCAACCCAAGAACUGACCUCAGGUGGCUCUAGUACUGAAGGUGCCAAUGAAAAAACCGAAGUCAAAGUUGCGACAACUGCAAAUGCUGAUAAUGAUGUUAGCAAACAGCAGGUCCAGGCUCCUGAAACCAAGGAUUCAUUAGCAGAGAGCCUGGUGAGUGAGGUGGCAACUAAAGUUAGCGACAAGCAGAAUGCAGACAUGACAAAACCAGAACUGAAUAAUUCAACAGAAUCCAAAUGUCCACAACCUGGUCUACAACAGGGACCAGAGACUGCAAAGACAGAAUCUACAGAUGACAUGGAAAGCAAAACUCAGGGUUCUGUGGAAAAUAAAGGGAGUCCUGACUCCAAGAUCUCAUCAGCAGAAAGUUUGGAAAAUGAAAAGGCUAACAAUGAAAUUAGCAGUCAAAAGGACCAGAAGAGCACACCUGUCAAAGUUGUGCAAAUAAAGAAACCAGAGACAAUUACUGAACCUCACACAGCUCCAGGUACUAACCAGGAACCGGAAUCAAAGGCUGUAGCAACAAAGGAUCUGAAGAAAACAACUAAAGAUCCUGAAUUAACUGUAACAUCAAGUGUUUCCAUGGCUGGAAAAGCAGCUGGCAAACAGGAACAGAAAAACCUCAUUAAAGAGGUUGUUGGAGUGGAUGAGAAACUAAAGGCUUCAAAGAUGAAUGCCAAGAAAGAAUCACCCACGGUUGGUUCCAGCGAGGUGUUCCUGAAGGACAAAGACACAAAAGAAAAAAGAGAAACAGAUGUUCUAGGUAGUGCUUUCAAAAAAGGACUACAGACUGCAGAGAAAUCAUCCACUUCAUCCCCAAGUCUGCAAUCAAAUGCAGACUUUCCUUCCAGCUGGUUAGAUGUGGAAUCUCAUCAGAAGAAGAGAAGGGUCCACAAAAGAAGAUUUAACACGUCCGCUAGUGUGGAUGACCCUCUUGAUGCCGAUGAUUUUAUCAGGAACAUUAAGGAAGGUGGGAUGCCUUUCGCACUGCCUCCAAAGAAGCAUGUUCAUAAAAAGUCUCAACCUCCACAUUUUGUCUUGCCGGCCAUUAAGGAGGACCACUUCGAGAAAACGUUCGAUCCUGAGGAAUUCCAGUUUGGCUUAAGGAAAAAUGGACGAACCUUUAUUGACCUUUUACCUACGACAAUUCUUAAACAAAAGGGAAAUCAAAGGAAUGGCCAAACUCUGGAAAAAAAUGCCACACCCACUCUUGAACAGCAAGCAAAAACACUUGAUGAGGUUGAAGGUAAAUCUGCACUCCAGGAGGGGGCCAAAGCUGAAGCAGGAAAAGAGGGGCAAGACAAUGGAGAAGAGCCUGUGAAGCUUACAUCAAGACUUAAUAAGAUUUCCAUCCUCUCCAGCUUACUUACCACUCGUUCCACCAGGAAGAGUACAGAGGAAGUUUCCUCUGCCUCAAAUAGCACACCUUCCUCUGACCAGCAGCAGGGCAUGCCCUCACUCAGAAACGUGGAAGCUGCUGAUUCAUCAAAGCCUGAGGCCACACACAUGGAUGGGACGGGCGUCGAUCAAAGCCCGGUCACAGGAGGUGGUACAGGAAGAGUUAGUGAGUCAGUCUUUAGCUCCUCCUCUCCUCCUCCUCUUGUGCUGCUGCCCUCGUUCUCUGACAUAAAGCUGCCUGAACAUUUAGAGAAAUUACUGAAGAAGAACAAAAAAGAAACGGAGACCUCCACAGCGCAGACAAUUCAAACUAACCAGAAUACAAAGGAGAGCAUCGCUAUGGACCAGGACCUGAUAGCAGGUCUAUCUAAAGUGGAUCUGAACCUGAAGAGCCCUGAAGAACUUCCUCCAAUCACCAACUACAUCCAGCAGCGCCCUCCAAAUGGAUUUCAAAAGACAACUUCAAAGCCAAAGAUUCCUGCAGUAAGAGGGUUCCACAAAAGACCUGGAAAGAUCAUCAUACACGAGCAUGCUCAGUUUGGAGGAGAGGCCUUUGAGCUCUACUCUGAUGUAGAAGAUGCCACCACCAUGAAGCUGUCCCCCAUCAUAUCAGUCAGAGUCAUCAGAGGAUGCUGGGUCCUGUAUGAGAAGCCUGGUUUCCAGGGCCGUAUCAUAGCUCUGGAAGAAGGUCCUACAGAUGGCAUCGUGAAUGUCUGGGCAGAGGAGGAAAGUCCUGCAACGCUAGAUGAGAUAGGUGAACCUAUUCCCACAGCGCCUGUGGUCAUCGGCUCCAUUCGACUGGCAGUGAGGGACUACAGCAUGCCCCAGAUUGACCUGUUCUCAGAGGUGAACGGCUUGGGCAGGAUGGUGUCCUACUUUGACGACACCGUAGAGGUCAGCUCCUUUGGCAUCCCACAGACCACCGGCUCCAUUAAGGUCCAUUCUGGAGUCUGGCUGGUGUACACCGAUCCAGGGUUUGGAGGGUUCAUGGGCGUGCUGGAGGUGGGAGAGUAUCCCUGCCCGGAGGCCUGGGGCUUCCCUGAGCCCUUCGUAGGCUCGCUCCGACCCCUCCGAAUGGGGCCGAUAAAAGUGGAGCGUCCCAAUGAAGUCAAGGCCUUACUGUACGAGAAGCCCAACUUUGACGGCGAGUGUUUAGAGGUUCACAACGACAUCUACAACGUACAAGAGCCGGACGAAGAAUCCGACGAACCUGCUGUGAACAAGAAGACGCUGUGUGCAGUCGGGUCUCUGAAGAUCCUCGGCGGCCUCUGGGUGGGCUACCAGGAGGCAGACUUUGAAGGCCAGCAGUACAUCCUGGAGGAGGGGGAGUACCCUCACUGCAGCCACUGGGGGGGAUCUGAGGAUGGGCUGCAGUCACUUCGGCCUGUAAUCGCAGACUUCCUGUCCCCGCACGUUAAACUGUUCAGCGAGCAGGACUUCAGUGAGCGGAGCCUCAGCACCAACCUGCUGGGACCCGUCGUCAACCUGGAGGAGACCGGCCACGGUGCAAAGACCCAGUCUGUCGAUGUCACCGGUGGAGUGUGGGUGGCCUUUGAGAAGCCUGGGUUCAGCGGAGAACUCUACGUCCUGGAGAAAGGCAUGUACGCAAACCCGGAGGACUGGGGAGCUCAGAACUUCAGGAUCGCAUCCAUACAGCCCGUGUUCCACGACAGCAUGGGAACCACAAAAUUCAAGGUCCAGCUCUACUCUGAGGAGCACUUCCAGGGACGGCUGGUGUGUCUGGAGGACAGCGCAGCAGCUCUGGAUGAAGACUUCACACCCAGGUCCUGUAAGGUGCUGGCUGGCAGCUGGGUGGCACAUGAGGGAUCCCAGUUCACGGAGAACAUGUACAUCCUGGAGGAGGGGGAGUACCCCAGCACAGAGGCCAUGGGCUUCUUGUCCUCAGACUCGAGCUUCCGGUCCAUCCGGACUGCAGGACAUGAGUUCUCUCUGCCGUCCAUCGCCCUGUUCACGAAGGUGGGCUGCAGAGGUCGCAGGGUGGUGCUGACACACGAAGCUGUGAACCUGCAUCAGGCCGGCCUGGACGCUCGCAUACGCUCCCUGGUGGUGGACGGAGGAAUGUGGGUGUUGUAUGAGGGCAGUAACUACAGAGGUCGACAGCUGAUCCUCCAACCAAGCCAAGAGGCUGAUUUAUUUCAGCAUAGCGGCUUUCAGCGGAUUGGAUCCCUCCGGCCUUUACUGCAGAAACCGAUGUACUUCCGCCUGAGGAACAGGGAGACGGGAUGCAUGAUGUCUCUGACGGGAACGCUGGAUGACAUCAAGCUGAUGAGAGUGCAGGCCGUGGAGGAGUCAGGGGGAGAGGAGCAGGUGUGGCUCUAUCGGGACGGAUAUCUCACCUGCAAGGUGGUUGAGGACUGUUUCCUGGAGUCCUCGGGCAGCGUGAUGAUGGCGGGCAGCCGUAUCUGCGUUUCUCCCGAGCGAGGCAAAGAUAGCCAGCUGUGGAACAUCAGACCGGACGGUGUGGUUCACAGCAACCUCAAACCAGACCUCAUCCUGGAGGUCAAAGGUGGGCAUCAGUACGAUAAAAACCAGGUGAUCCUCAACACGUUUGAUGAGCGAAAGCUGAACCAGAGGUGGAGUUUGGAGCUGCUGUGACGACUCUCACGGCCUCCUGACGGAGCUCCGUCACGCUGGGCCCUCAGACGCAGCUCAGCCGUGGAGCCCACACCGAUGUUCGCUGUCAUGUUUGCUUGGAAAGACGAUGCGCUGGAUUACGAGCUCACGUUGAUGAACAAAAUGUUUUUAGCUGACCUUUAACCCAAAGACUGUUUACUUCAGCGAGACCUCUGCCCUGUUUCAAUGCUGCACCUUUUCCUGUACGGUACUUCUCUUACACUCCAGCUGUUUGUAGAUCAAAGUGAUCCGCUGUAAAGUUUUUAAUGUUUUUACACACACACACACACACACACACACACACACACACACACACACACACACACACACACACACACACACACACACACUGUCGUUUGUACAGAACCACUGAGUGUAAAGACCUUGAGUUUAACUCUGCUGCCCUCUGCUGGUUGUAAAUGUGAGAAUAUUGUUACACAUUAAAGUAAUAAUGUGAUGUCUUUAUUUUAGUGAAGAGUUUCCUUUGAGUCACUGAAAAAUAAAAGCUUUUUUUUAAGCUGA